GAUCAUGCUUUUUCUUAGGAGACAGCAAGCAACUUGAAGUGCUCUUCCUCUAUUUUCUUAAUCUUUUCCUUCUAGUUCUCCUUUCUAUUAAUCAAGUUAGAACAUAGAAAAGAAAGAAAUGGAGGGAAAUGGAUGUCUUGGAAGUUUUAUUCAAAGGUGUAAGCCUUACAUAGCCAUGAUAUCCUUGCAAUUUGGCUAUGCUGGUAUGAACAUCAUCACUAAGGUUUCUCUUAACAGAGGGAUGAGUCAUUACGUGCUCGUCGUCUACCGCCACGCCUUUGCCACUCUUGCUAUUGCUCCUUUUGCUCUUGUUCUUGAGAGGAAAGUGAGGCCAAAGAUUACCUUUCCUAUGUUCAUGCAAAUCUUUGUUCUAGGUCUUCUUGGGCCUGUGAUUGAUCAAAACUUCUACUACGCUGGGCUGAAAUUCACUUCACCAACCUUCUCUUGCGCCAUGAGCAACAUGCUACCCGCAAUGACAUUUGUGAUGGCAGUUCUUUGCAGGAUGGAGAAAGUGGACAUAAAGAAAGUGAGAUGCCAAGCGAAGGUGAUUGGAACAAUUGUAACUGUGGCUGGAGCUAUGUUGAUGACAUUGUAUAAAGGUCAUGUCAUCAAUUUUAUUUGGUCUGAGCAUGUCCAUUCCCAAACAUCUGCUCCUGCAGCCACCACUGGAUCUUCUGACAAAGACUGGCUUAAGGGUUCCAUUCUGCUCAUUAUUGCCACUCUUGCUUGGGCCUCAUUCUUCAUUCUCCAGGCAGUGACACUUAGGAGGUAUGCAGCUCAGCUCUCACUUACUUCACUCGUGUGCUUUAUGGGCACACUACAGUCCAUAGCUGUCACCUUCGUUAUGGAGCAUAAGCCAUCUGCUUGGACCAUUGGUUGGGACAUGAAUCUUCUUGCUGCUGCUUAUGCUGGAAUUGUGUCAUCAGGCAUUGCAUAUUAUGUUCAAGGACUUGUAAUGCAGAAAAGAGGGCCUGUCUUUGUCACUGCUUUUAGCCCUUUGAUGAUGAUCAUAGUGGCAAUCAUGGGUUCUUUCAUCCUUACUGAAAAGAUUUUUCUUGGAGGUGUUCUUGGAGCUGUACUGAUCGUAGCUGGAUUGUACGCAGUUCUAUGGGGAAAGUACAGGGAAUACAUAGAGAAAGAUUGCGAGACAACCCAAGGAGUCAUCAAGGAAAAUGAAACAAAUGACAUUGAAAUGUCAGCAGGCAGUUUUCCAACUUCACAGCCACCGAGAACUUAACCAGUUCACAGGAGGAGAGAUCGAGAAGAUUAGGGUAGAAGAGAGAAAGAAAUAAAGGAGGCACUUCUCGGAAUUUUGUUUUCUACUUAUUUACUUUUUCUUUACCCCUUUUUAGUUGAUAUAAAUCUUGCUGAUGUAAAACAAAGUGAGAGACAAAACGCAACAAUUUUUAUCUUGUUAAUGUAUUUUGUGUUCUCUUCCAAAAUAUAAAGAGAACCCAUUAUCUUUGUAGUAUAGGAUGUCUGAAUCUGAUGUAGAUUCCACUUGGUGUCAGUUGGUCUACUUUUAAUUUUCUCUAUUGUAAUGUAUAAUUGAGGACUGGUGGAGUUGAUGGUGA